GGGGGGCAUGUGUGUAUGGUCAUUGUGGUCUCUAACCCCCACAAACUCCAGCUUCUCUCUGUGCCCCAUACUGGAAGGGUGAUGGGGGGGCACAAAGCUCUGAGCUCACCCAGUUCCCUGGGGCAUCAUGAAGAGUGGAGAUGAGCUGGACACAGAGCAGGGCAAGGCAGGAAUGGAACUGGAUGGCGAGACGGAAUUGCGCAGAUGGUCUGCGUGGAGCCUCUCCCCUGACCCCAGCACUGCCCAGGAGGAGAAGGUGCUGGAGCAGGGGGAACAGAUGAUGGAUGCUGCUGAGGGGUCACCCAGGGGCACCUCCCCUCCACCCCAUGAUGACCCAGAAGAACCAGACUGUGCCUGUCAGGAGGAACCUGGGCCUGCUGCUGCAGCCUUAGCGACCUCAGCCCAUCUCCCCCAGCUGGAGUCACACACCACCCUCUCAGGCAUGGGCAGCACUAUAUUGACCAUAGGGAGUCGCAUCAGCCACUGGAGACUGGCACACCAGCGGGGUUACCACGUGGACCAGCUAACACAGAAUCAAUCUUACAGGCACCGGCUGAGGAAACACGAGCGGGACUGCAAAGCAGCUGUGCCCCUGCCCCUCUUGGGGCUGAUGGAGGAGGAGGUGCUGGCAAUCUUGACAGAGACCCUGAAAGAUUACCGGCGGCAUCUGGGGGCAAGGCACCUGCUCACUCACCAUAUGGAGCAGCGCAUGGAGCAACUGAGACAGCAGCUGGGGGCUAGGAGCACCGGGUCAGGAGGGGUUGGUCAGACGGGUCCACACCCCUGUGUGCCCCACUCCAUGAGCCCCCAAACUCCCCUGCACCCCACCCCAUCACCCCAAAUUCCUGACCUUGGCACUUCACACACUCACACCAAUGCCUGACCUCUGACCACCCUAAUGCAUGACCCCAUCCCUCUCCCAAGCACGAGACCCCCGCCCCCCAUCCCAGAAUGCACUGAGAUUUGGAACGUUGUAGACAAAAUUAAAAUGGAUCUUAUCUCCUUUGCUCGGACCCAUUGCCUCCUUGAGAGCAGAACAAGGGGUGCUGUGCUGCAGGGAGC